GGUCCCAGUCACAACCAGAGUCGAAAGACUGGUGUCUCUCAUAUCAGGGCUCCGGAAACCAGUGCGGAAAUGACCAGUGACUUUCCUUCCGUUACUGCAGAGUCCUUCCUUCAAGAGCUUAAAAGCUCACUGGGUGAGGACAUACAUGAGGAUGAAACGGCACUUCAAGCCUCAACAGACUGGUCGACCCGAAAGAGCCUCAUAUCAGGGUGGUGGGAGAAAGAGAGACCCCGACUGGUCAACACCAUGGUGGCUCGACAACAUGCGGCAACUCGGAUCUGCCAACAUUGUGGAAAUGGUCCAGCCGUUAUCCGUUGUUGUGACUGCCGACCACACCCAUUCCUCUGUGGCCAGUGUGAUGUCAGGGUCCACCGAGGUCAAGUGUUCCACAACAGGGAUUCGAUGACACGUGCAUUUUUUCAUCCAUUGCCUCCCACAACUUGUGUUGUGGAGAGGGUUCUAACCCAGUGUGAGCGUCUUGUACCUUUGGAGAUGCCAGAGACAAUAUGCGGUUGUCUACGAGUAUCGUCCAGUGUCAUCGCAGGACAGUCCAUAGUUGUGGUUACAAUGAAUGGGCGAUAUGAUCUCAGAUUGCCUCAGAUUAGAUGCAAAGCAUGUGAAGCCACUUGGAGUCCUGGAGUGGAUGACCUGAUCCGUAAUGACUACUGGCCUGCCACUUCUCACUAUUCAACUGUGUACGCAACAGAUGUCCUUUUUUCUUUUGAAGAGCUGAAGAUGGCAGCACCAGGGAUGUCUAGCCAAGCAUUUCUUAGAAUGCUGGAUCAACGCACUGUUCGCUUUGGCCGUAGCGGAAACAUCACAGCAGACAGCUUCCGGAAAAGCUUCUUGGAGUGGGAAGCUGUCCGAUUCGAAGUGGACAAAUUAUGCCAGGAGGACCACUUUGACUGCCCAGCGUGCAGCCCAGACAUGCUUGCAGUAUCUGUUGAUGGAAACCAUAAGCACUACAGAUUCAAGAGUGCAGCAAGAUCGGAGGAAAAAGCCAUCUUUGAUGGCGUGUUCAUCGCGAAUGAUGAUGACGUCGCAAGAUUCGUGGACUAUGUCCAUACCUCAACCAGUCAUGUCUCUGGAAGAGGUGUCUGUGGAGGGCAAUGGUCAGCGGCGCGUGAAACGUCUCAGAAGUCCUCAGGAAAAACAGACGAGGAGGGCCUGGAACUCGCUGUAUGUCGUCAUGGGGUUCUCCUUCGUGCCCUCAAUAUGUUCAGGGGGGAGAUUUUUGCCUACCCCCUGUACCUCCAAAAGCAAAUGGCCUGUAAGCCAGUUACAUUUUUUGCAAUGGAUGUGGCAUGCAAGUACUGGCCUUACCUCCAGAGAGUGACAGAGAAAUGCCCUGAGCUUCAGGAUCUCCUGACCAUGAGGCCAUUUCUUUCUGUUUUUCAUGCCAAAGCUCAUGAUUUCAAAUGUGAGGUAAAAUGGAGUGGAGCAUAUCAGGAGGGGGCUGGUUCGACUCUUGGGGAAGAGGUGGAGCAGUGCAACGCCUUCCUCUCGAGGAUUGCUGUUACGACAAAGCACAUGUCAAAAGCAGGACGCAUAGACAUGCUGACGAUCAUGGCCAUGCGCUGGAACCAACAAAAGUUUGACAACUUGGCCGCCGAUAUCGGAAGGCCACAAUAGCCCUGCAAUGCCAGUUGCAUAACCUGGAGGCCAUGAAAACGGAAAUGGACAUCUCAGACAAUCAACUGGAGAGGUGGAUCAUUGAUAUCAAUGAGUGGG